UUGAUAAGGUUGUUAGUCAGUUUGAAGAUAUUUUAUUUGCUGAAUCUGAUUUUGGACUUUUUCAAAAGCUAGUAAAAGCAGAAGAUGAACAAACUGCCUUAGAAACUAACAUUGCUACUUUGGUUACUGCUUUAAAAAAUGAUCUUCAAACUGGUCAUGGUCGUAAUUUUUUUGAUUUAAUAAUUAAAUAUAAUGAACUUUCUUCAAAAGAAAAAAAUACAUCUACUGCACCACCUUCCACUGAACCUGGAUUUGAGAGUUAUGGUUCAGUGAUCAAAACUGGUUAUGAAGGGUGUGGUAGACCUUUAACUCAUCCAAUUUAUUUGCGCACUGAUUUACCAGCUCAAAUUUGA